AUGCAACUCCAGUACCUCCUCCCCGCCGCGUUCUUUGCCGCCGCAACCAUGGCCGCAAAGUUCAACGGCUUCUCCAAUGUUGCCUGCCAGCAGUACGACGGCACCUACAUCCCCAUGACAGCAACCCAACUCCAAGAUAUCGUCGUCAAGUCCUGGGCGACUACGCAAGAAAUCCCCGAAGCAUCGCGCUCCUUCACUGCGCCUGAUGACAAGAAGCUCUGCCCUUCUAACUCGGAUGAUACGUACAAAUGGGUCUCGAUCCCGCAGUGGUCGCAGGGAAGCAAGUGGCCUGCUGGUAAUGGUGGUGCGCUGGCGGUGGUUUACUACAAGGAGACUGAUACGUACAAUGUGUGCCGUUAUCUCUCCGCUGCUCAAGCGGAUGGGUACAAGGGUGCUUGCAAGUGGGAAUGA